ACCAACUCUCAAACCUUGCCUGCUCCUAUCAUUGAAACCAUGGCCUUUUCCAAGUAUUGUUUCCCUCUGUCUAUGUUCAUAGCAUUGUUAUUCUCAAGCACAGACACAAGUCUAGCAGCUCGUCGGCUCUUGGACACACCGGCGGCUCCACCUCCGGUUGUGACGCUGCCUACAAUCCCAUCUCUCCCCAAGCCAACGUUGCCUCCUCUGCCAUCAGUGGCAACACUCCCUAAAGGCACAUUGCCACCAUUACCAAGUACGCCUUUGCCAACAUUGCCGACUCUGCCAAAGGCCACAUUGCCACCACUUCCAAGCACGCCUUUGCCAACGUUGCCGACACAACCAACUCUGCCAAAGGCCACAUUGCCGCCACUACCAAGCACGCCUUUGCCAACGUUGCCCACGCAACCAACUCUACCAAAGGCCACUUUGCCACCACUACCUAGCAUGCCUUUGCCGACGUUGCCGACGCAACCAACUCUGCCAAAGGCUACAUUGCCACCACUACCAAGCAGCCAACUCCCACCUCAGCCAACACUGCCAGCAACUCCAUUGCCCACCAUCCCAACCACAAUCCCGUCAAUCCCCACCAUUCCAACGGCAAUCCCAACAAUUCCUUUUCUCUCCCCACCCCCAUCAAAUUGAAGAACUAAUCCUUGGGAUGCCACAUUUCCAUUCUUCUAUCCUUUAGUAUUGUUUGGAAGAUUCUUUACGCCAUUACUUAUAUUGUGUUUGAAUAUGUUGAACCUGUCUGUGAUCUACAUCUGUGUUUUUUACACGCUUGAGUGGGGCCAUUUGAAUUUGUUUGUGUGAGAGAUUCUGAUGAAUUUGCUUGUAGGAGAGAUUCUGAUGGUUAUUCCUAUCAUUGUCAAAUCAUUCUUUGUAUUUUUAGAGUCACUUGUGAGUGUUAUUAUUAUUGUAAUCACCUUACGAUUAUUGAAUAUGAUUUCUUAUUUAUGUCAGUCA